UAAACGCAUUGAUUUGCAAGAGAUUAAAAAAAGAUUUUCAAAAAAGGUUAUUAAUGAUUCAAUGGAUAAUAAAAUUUCUGAUAACACGAAAAUCCUUGUGAGUCAACCAAUUGAUCUUGUCGCCAUUACUGAAAAUUAUUAA